GCAUCAGAGAGUAAUCUGUCUCCGCUGGGAGAGGAGAGACGCGAGGAUAAAAAAUCACAAGCGCAUCUCCUCAACAGCGCGCCUCCUGAAAAGGCAGGUGGAUGUCAGGGUGGCAAAGGACAGGAGAAGAGAGUUCCAGGGGUGAAGGGCGCCACCAUCGCAUCUCAGGAUGGCCGCAUUGCUCUCCUGAUUGACAGGCUCGCUGAAGGACCGGCAAGCCAAGCCCACCGGUGUGAGGACUGAGGGAACCUAUAUAAAGCCCAGCAGCGGCAUCAGCGGGUGUCUAUCACCAGAUCGUCGUCGACCGCCUCCUCUGCCUCUUCUUGACCUACAAACGAAUUUGGAUUAGUAAUCAUUCUUUUGUGUUAUCAGGAUAGCAUAACGUAGGAGCAGCCAUGUCUCAUGGAUGGGGAUACGGACCAACUAACGGACCUGACAAAUGGGGGGAAGAUUUUCCUGUAGCCAACGGGCCCAGACAGUCUCCGAUCAACAUUGUCCCUAAAGAGGCCCAGUAUGACUCCUCGCUGAAAGCUCUGAAACUCAAGUAUGACCCCUCCAAUUCCAAGGGCAUUCUCAACAAUGGACAUUCCUUCCAGGUGGAUUUCGUGGAUGACACAGACAGUUCCACCCUGACUGGAGGCCCUAUUUCUGGAACUUACCGUCUGAAACAGUUUCAUUUCCACUGGGGAGCGAGUGAUGAUAGAGGCUCCGAGCACACUGUCAAUGGCAUCAAGUUCCCCUGUGAGCUUCACCUGGUGCACUGGAACACUAAGUACCCUAACUUUGGAGAGGCAGCCAGCCAGCCUGAUGGACUUGCUGUGGUUGGGGUCUUUCUCAAGAUUGGUGCUGCCAACCCCAGACUUCAGAAAGUUCUGGAUGCCUUGGAUGCUAUUAAGACCAAGGGAAAGCAGACCACCUUUACAAACUUUGACGCAAAGACUCUUCUUCCUCCGAGUCUGGAUUAUUGGACCUAUGAUGGCUCUCUGACCACGCCCCCCCUGUUGGAGAGCGUCACCUGGAUCGUCCUCAAGGAGCCAAUCAGUGUCAGCUCUGUACAAAUGGCCAAGUUCCGUAGCCUCCUCUUCACUGGGGAAGGAGAAGCUCCAUGCUGCAUGGCGGACAACUACCGACCUCCUCAGCCUCUGAAGGGUCGUCAGGUCCGCGCCUCCUUUAAAUAAACCCUGCUUCAUCUUCAUAGCUCUUACUUACAUUGUUCUCCAUGUGCAGUCUUUACUAACCUUACAUUAGCCAUAACAACAUCAAAAUGGAAAUUAUAAUAACAAUCCAUUUGCUCACACUUACUGUGACAUAGACUACCUGGAUGUAUCUUAAAUAAAAUUCCUUUAAAAGUGAUUUUAAUCUUUAACACAAGAGUGCACACAUACAAUGUCCCACCUGUAAAGUAUUAAAUAAAUAUUUUCCACUUCAUACACUGAGAUAGUGUACACAGGCAAAAGUAGACUAAGAAUGUGGAUAAACUCUGGCCCUUGAACUCCUCAUGUUGUCUCUAACACAUUGUGCACCCUAUAUUCUCUGGCCAGUCUACAACUAAUAAUCCAAAUUAUUUUCAUAUUUCUAGUGUCUGCUUUAUCAGAGGUCAAAUGUAUCCAAAUUUGAAUUCUGAAUAGUAUAAAGAAUAAUUUCUGUGUUAUUAUAGGAAAUCUGAAAAUUUUUAAGCAUUUCAAGUAACAGUAACAUAGUUUUUAUUUAGCAUUAAUGCAAUGAAGUCUAAAAAGACAGACAGCUUAAGUGACUGUUUAUUGUGGGACUGUAUACUAUAUACUACAAUUGAAAAAUACAUUUAGCCCAUUCUUGGUGGAUUUAGCCCCAAAUUACAUGCAGUGAUAUCUAUCAAAUAUAAUAUAAUCUAUCUAAUAAUAAGAAGAACAAUGGUAAUAAUUCCUCCAUCAAAAAACAUAAAUAAUAUGCUUUGCCUUGUUUGAAAAUGAAAGCCGUAUCAAUUUCCUGAAGCCCUUUUUGUGGUAUGAAUUUGAUUGUGCUGUGAAUUGUACUGCAGACAGCCACAGCUCAGAUUGUUAAAGUUAGUUUUUCAUUAUUAUUUUAUUGAUGCUUCAUUUUGUCAUUCUGAGACAAAGUGAUCACACCAGCAGUGACAGAAACUGAGUUUGGAUUGACAUUUUUCAAUGGUGACUAUACAGUUUUGCACUAUAGCCACCACCCAUGAACUGGUGCUUAUACAAGCAGAUUUUUAGACUUGUGAUCACCUGCUAUGGAAUGCUACAGUAUGUUGUGACAGUUCUGAGGCUCUAUAGUGUCACACCAUUUUUAUAACUAUGACAACUGAUCUACCUAUCACCGCAGUGCAUUAAAUAUUGUCUUUAAAACUUAUAUAAGAUAGAGCUGUUAUGUUGGAAAGAAAUUGAAAGAUACAUCUAUGACUAUAAAAUGCAAGUUACAGUAUCAACAUAUUAUUAUACUAUUAUAUUACAUUAAUUAUUAUAUACUUUGUCAGCAAUAUCUAUAGUCAUUACUCCAUCUAACUGAACUGAGAUCAAUGGCAGGUAUACAUUAGAGACCAGAGCAAUGUUAAUUUUUAGCUUUUAUAUCAAUGUUAUUUAAAAUGUCAUUUUCAAAGUUUAGCUUUCUCUGUGGCUAACGUGAAACAGCUGUAACGCUUUCAUUAUUUUUUAUCAAUAUAAACUUUCAUUUCAAACUCUG